AUGUUAUUCAAUACAUUCUUAAUACUUGGCUCGGUUACUGCAAUUGCAGAGUACUACAACCAAAAUCUUAUCCCAUACAUAGACAGAAUAAGUAACAGGGAGGCCUAUUCCGACUACAAUGGAGAAUCCUCGAUGAUAUCCGUGAGUGAGUCCAACUUGCUUGAGGCUGGGGAAAACAACGCCUCAAAAGAGACCAUUGUUGGCGAAAAGAGCAAAGAUCUUGACUUUUCUACCUUAGACUCAAGUAAAGCUGAAUCUCCUGCUGGAGCCAUCAAAUCUCUGAGAAUAGGAAAGUUUAAGAUUAAUCCCGAGAGUAUUAACGACCUGAUCCACCGUGAGAUGGCAGACAUGAGUCCUGACCUUCACAACAAGAUUGUAAACACCCUGGAACGUAACAAUGUUGACCACAGAAGAUACAGAGACCUUUUUCUCAUAAAGAAAAGAGUCAUUGAUGAUGGUAGAAGGAAAAUAAUCAACUUCAAUAUCAAGGAAAAAAUCAUUCCAAAGGAUGGGGAGGAGAAUCUUCCAGUUACUAGAGACUUCGGGACAAGGGCACUGCUUGGAGGAAUUCUGUUCUUACUGGCUGGACUGGUAUUUACAACAACCCUGAAGAUGUACCAAAGUCUCAUACAAAAGAACUACUUUGGCUUUGAGGAAAAGGGAGAAAUGUUCCCAGAGACCAAGCAGACCUCCUAA